UCGAUAUUGGCAAACGGAUGCUCAUACCUUAGUGGGAGUCCAACAUCAUACCUACAAGCGUACGUUCACCAACACGUUACUGUAUGCUGAAUAAUAACAAAGGCGUCCUUUUUCUUUUUUAAUUAAAAUAUUUGGAUAAUUAUUUCCUAAAACUUUUUAAAGACUCUAAUUGUUUCUGUUGUGAGAUACCGCUUCUUGAUCGUAAUUUCAGAAUUCGACUGUGCUUAUCCAUCUGUUUGCGAAGACAUUAUCAAGGUAUACUUUUGUUUUCAUUCAUAAAAAAUAAAUUAGGAACAAAAACAAUUUCCUAACUUGCUUUUGGAGUUGAUUUGAAGAAUAUCAGGUGUUAAUAGUUUCAAAGCCUCUAAAGAACCAUAAUAAGUUUUUGAAUCACCAAGUUCUCUUCUUCUUGUAUUAUUCCGCAAAAACCAAAAGCCUAUUGAAAAGGGCAUGGACUGCUAGGUUUUAGUUGAAUCAACGGUUACAUAUUUACAGGAAGUAUUAAUAACCUACAAAAAGGAUCGCAUUGCCAUAUUCUUAUUGUGUAUCUACGAAAAUGCUUUCCACUACCAAACAGGAGUUCUCUAGUAAAAAUGAUGAGUCUGAUGAUGCCUUGCUGAAAUUCGUGCUUCUUCUGUUUAUAAGUUUCUUCACUACUUUGGGUGUGCUCUUGUUUGUAACAUUAAUUUUGGUUUUGUUCCGAUAUUCUGGCCAUGCGAGGGUUUUACUACGAAACAAUACUCCCGGCGAAUUGGACGAUGAAGCAAUUGAGAAUGAGACCAUUGAUGAGGAAGGAUUUGCUCAUCUUAGUGAACCAGCGAAAGAACGAUUUUUGCAGGCUCGUAAUUUUGAGAUGAGUGCUGCUCAAUCUCGCAUGAAUACCGAUGCGAAAUUAAUUGAUUUUUUGCAAGUCCAGGAAAAAGGAGUGUUUGCAUGGCAUUUUGUACCCAACCUGGACUUGGGUGCUUAUGCAACCAAUCGGACAGAACUUUCUUUUACUAAAAAUGAAGAAUGUUGUCUUCAAACAAAUCUCCCGUUGCAACGGAUCAACGAGGUAUAUUAUUGGGAAGCCAAGUUGUUGGAAGUUGACGAAAAUACUACAGUAUCUAUAGGAUUGACGACUAAACCUUAUCCACCAUUUCGUAUGCCUGGUUGGAAUUUUUGGUCGUUGGCCUAUAUUUCUGACGGAACACGAAGAUGCAAUUCUGCUUUUACAAGCAAAUCAUAUGCAUCUUUUUAUCAAAAAGGAGACGUGAUAGGAGUGGCUUAUAAGCCAAAGGCCAACAGAGUGUUCUUUACAAGAAACGGCCGUCGCUGUGCUGAAUUACCGUGCACAUAUCGAAACGUGUAUCCGACAGUAGGUGCAACAGGUCCAUGUGUUGUACAUGUCAAUCUUGGACAGGCUGGCUAUGUCUUUAUUGAAGCGAAUAUCAAAAAAUGGAGGCUGGCUCCACCCGCCGGAAGUCUGGCUCCACCGCCUUCGUAUUCUGCACCACAACCAACUGUAAACUGGGACACAAUUAGUGAGUCGUCUGCUCAAACGGUCAUGCCAGCAGAUGUAAAUUCAUCACUGAAUGCACAAUCAAACUCCUUGACUAACUUUAGUGGCUCGCUUUCUUCAUAUAAUACAGCCUUACAAGGGUUGCCUUCUUCCUCUUAUGCCCAAUCUUACCCCAUGCAUUCGAUGUCUGCACGUCCCGACUCUGAAGAUGAACAAUAAUAAUUAACGACUAUGAUGUGUUUUUAUAUAAUUUCUCUUUUUCUGAAGGGAUACAAUGAAUAGUUUAUGUUUCUUUCUCGACCUAUGAUUUUUUUUAUUUGUUUUUGGUAAUGUAAACUAAUGUAUAGAUUGCAGAAUUCAGGGACCCUUCUAAACUUUUAUUUAUUGAAAAAAACCCGAAUCUAUUUGUUUUGAAGAUUUUCAUAUCGAUAUUCCUUGAGUGACAAACUUUGAGUUGAGCAUGUAGGAACUCAUACAUCUAGGGAAACUGUAAGACUUGUUAUAUACUUUCAUAAAGUGACUAAAAAUAGUUACACUAGUUAUAUUACGAAGAGUAUGAUAGACUAUUCAUAAGAGUAAUUUUUUGGUGGAUUACAGCUGUAGUAGGAUUGCAACUCCUUUUCCCAGUAAUCGUGCUGCAGGAAGCAAAUUAUUGGAUACGACUACUUAUGUUUUCAAUCUCUGUUUACGUGAAGAAUACAAAUGAGAAUCUUUUAUGACUUCCACAAUCCUUGUUUAUUUUAUAUUUCGUACCAAAAUGGGGUUUGUUUAUUACCGACACGCGUUCUAACGCAGUAUAUUAUAUAAGUCGAGCGUCAUUGUAAUUCGCUAGUUAUACCGUGAGCUUAACACACAAGCACGUCAACUUGACAUAACAAAGAGAGUUAAGACAGAAAGUAGUAGGUCCUUUAAAGGUGCAUCCUUA